AUGAAUUUCGCAAGAGUAAAAUUUUUGCAGUUGCUGUUUACGACAUCAACAACCUAUCAUAUUUGUGAACUACUUUUUCGGCCUCAGAAAAAGUACGACAAGUUUUUGCGAUUUUUCUUCUCUCUUUUCAGAAAACUCCGUUACUACCUUCAUAUAAUCGAUCGUGCGGCCAUCUACUUUUUUAUUGCUGCCUCAUACAUGCCAUGGUUAACGUUGAGACACUGUGGAGAGCUGGGAGUGGAUUUCAAAUGGCUUAUUUGGUUGUUUGCUUUCUUGGGUAUUAUCUAUCAGUAUAUGUUUCAUGAGAGGUACAAAACGAUAGAAACGCUAUUAUAUAUAGUUGUUGCUGUAACGCCGUCCGCUGCUGUUUACAAUAUGAAUGAUUGGAGCGGCUUAACUUUGAUGCUUUUUGGUGGCUUUAUUUAUCUAAUAGGCGUUAUUUUUUUCAAAUUAGAUGGUGUCGUACCAUUUGCGCAUACAAUUUGGCAUUUAUUUGUUGUCCUCGGUAAGUGCACAGUAUUGUUGAAUAGGUUUUCCUGUACUUUUUUUUGACU